GCAUUCUUGCCAGUGUUUGUGUACUCAUUGAAGGUGUCUCCACUCAUAGAAAAAAUAAGUGACCACAAGGAUUUUAAGAAGCUUCUCAGGACACGGAAUAACGUACUGGUGCUGUAUUCUAAAUCUGCUGCUGCUGCAGAAAGCUCACUCAGGUUACUGUCCAGUGUGGCCCAGGAGGUGAAAGGACGGGGUACUAUAAGCUGGAUAGACUGUGGUGAUACUGAAAGCCGAAAAUUAUGCAAGAAGAUGAAAGUAGAUCCUAAUUCAAAGGAGAAGGGAGUGGAAUUACUCCAUUAUAA